CAUGUACAAACAUUUAACACCUACAACCUACGAGAUAGAUUUUCGCAGAGUAUCCUACCAUUCAAGGGACAACUUUCACCGUUAGCUUCAGUCUUCCCAACCGACCUCUGCACGUUGACAGUAACCAGAUCCACAUCUGUCCUAAUCUUCCUGACUUAAUCCUACUACCCAAACGCUACACGAAAAUGCCAAAGGAAGUGAACACCAUAGGUUUCAUAGGCUUAGGUAACGCCGGUUACCAUCUCGCCGUCAACUUGCCACGAGCUGGCUUCAAUCUUGUGGUACGAGACGCAGAUCCUUCCCGCGCCCAGACUUUUGUAGACGAGAAUCCAAAGUCUGUCGCAGCGGGUGAAAAAGACGAGAAUGCAUGGAAAGAAGUGGACGUACUAAUCACAAUGUUACCAAAUGGAGACAUCGUCCGAGAGGUUCUGUUAGGCGAAGCUGGAGUUGCGAAAUAUUUGAGGCCAGGAACUAUUGCCGUGGACAUGUCAUCGUCUUCACCGUUCGACACCGAGGCUCUCAACUCAAAGCUUAAAGCAAUGGAAUUGCCGUUAAUCGAUGCACCUAUCACACAAACUCAUCUUCAUGCCAUCCGAACCGGAGAUGCUACUUUCAUGCUGGGCUGCGACUCUCCAGAAGUAAUAGAGCGAGCCAUGCCAGUCUUCAAAGCUAUGGGGAAAUACGUAUUCCCGAUGGGCAAAUCUGGCGCAGGACAUGCUAUGAAGACUCUCAACAAUUAUGUGUCCGUGGGAAGUAUCAUUGCGUUGUGUGAUAGUUUGGUUGCAGGUCAGAAAUUCGGCCUUGAUCCAGCAACCAUGAUCGAUGUGCUAAAUGUGGGGACGGGGAGGAAUUUCUCGACUGCGUACUCGAUGCGGGAUGAAGGACUUACAAGGAGGUACCAAUCAGGAUAUCAACUCGCAUUGUUGAUCAAGGAUAUGAAGAUUACGAAAGAUGUGAUUAAGUCAACUGGUUUUGAGACAGGCUUACCACAAUUGGCCCUCAGUUAUCUCGAAGAUGCCAUUGUAGGACUGGAAGAUAGUGCGGAUCAUACGGAGUGUUUGAAAGGGUGGGAAAGGAGAUCAGGGAUUGAGUUGAAAAAGAGUGCGCAACCGACGGAGAGCGUAGUAGAGGAGAAAGUGCUUUGAUUGAAAUUCGUUAGCCAAUGUCUACAGCCAUUGCUAUGGUAUAUAAUCCUAC